ACUUCCAACAACAUGGGCUAAGAUUAUUUUAGGAAGAAAACCAACUGGAAAAAUCAAUGAAGUUCCUUCUUCUCACAUUUGUUGGUGUUGUUCAUCUUUUAUCCCUGAGCUCUGGGAAAACGAUAUAUAAGAAUGACAUCUCUCAGAGGUCUUUUCAAGAAAUUAAAGAAGAAAUAGCCAGCUAUGGAGAUGUUGCUAAAGCAAUCAUCAACCUUGCUGUUUAUGGUAAAGCCCAGAACAGAUCCUAUGAGCGACUGGCACUUCUGGUUGAUACCGUUGGACCCAGACCAAGUGGCUCCAAGAGCUUAGAAAAAGCCAUCCAAAUCAUGCACCAGAACCUGCAGGAAGAAGGGCUGGAGAAUGUCCACUUGGAGCCGGUCAAAAUACCCCACUGGGAGAGGGGGGAAGAAUCUGCUGUGAUGCUGGAGCCAAGGAUUCACAAGAUGGCUAUUUUGGGUCUUGGAAGCAGCAUUGGGACUCCCCCAGAAGGCAUUACAGCAGAAGUUCUCGUGGUGACCUCGUUCGAGGAACUGCAGAGAAGGGCCCCAGAAGCAAGAGGGAAGAUUGUUGUGUAUAAUCAACCUUAUGUCAACUACUCGAAGACAGUGCAGUACCGAGUCCAGGGGUCAGUGGAAGCUGCCAAAGUGGGGGCUGUGGCAUCCCUGAUUCGAUCAGUGGCUUCCUUCUCCAUCUACAGUCCUCACACAGGUAUUCAGGAAUACCAAGAUGGUGUGCCAAAAAUCCCAACAGCCUGUAUUACAGUGGAAGAUGCAGAAAUGAUGUCAAGAAUGGCUUCUCGUGGGAACAGAAUUGUUAUUCAGCUGAAGAUGGGGGCAAAGAACUAUCCAGAUGCUGAUUCCUUCAACACUGUAGCAGAGAUCAUUGGCAGCAAGUACCCAGAGCAGGUCGUCCUGGUCAGUGGACAUCUGGACAGCUGGGAUGUGGGGCAGGGUGCCAUGGAUGAUGGCGGUGGAGCCUUUAUAUCAUGGGAAGCACUCUCGCUUAUUAAAGAUCUUGGGUUGCGACCAAAGAGGACUCUGCGUUUGGUGCUCUGGACUGCAGAGGAACAAGGUGGAAUCGGUGCCUUCCAGUAUUAUCAGUUACACAAGGCAAAUAUUUCCAACUACAGCCUGGUGAUGGAGUCUGAUCUGGGAACCUUCUUACCCUCUGGGCUGCAAUUCACUGGCAGCGAAAAGGCCAGGACCAUCGUGGAGGAGGUCAUGAGCCUGCUGCAGCCUGUCAACAUCACACAGGUCUUUAGGGCUGGAGAAGGGACAGACAUUAACUUCUGGAUCCAAGCUGGAGUGCCUGAUUCAAAUUCUACUCAAUCUGCUCUUUAAAAAGAGAGGAAAUUGCCAGACCCAGAAGAACCAGAUACCAUCAGUCAGGAGGCUUUUCAGUUGCAGAGGGAAAUCAGGAGCUGCCAUUCGAUUUCCAGCUAUUCUUCUCUACAAAUGGAGCUGUCCACACUUUACCAAGCAUCUCACUACCAAGAGAAGAAUUUGUGAGAAAAGUCAAAAUUUGACUCAUCAUUCUGUUAUCCAAAAAUGACUAAAUGAUAGCAGCUUUUUCUUCAUUAUAUAACUUGAUAGACUUUUUAAGAAUUGUGCUCCUGGGUGAAUCUGAGCCACCCAGUGAGUGGCCUCCCUGGCUUCUGCCUAUGACUUGCAAUGCUUUGUUAUUGAAAGAUCCUGGCUGACCAUGGUCACAUCACCCACCUUUGCUGGCCUCACUUCCCUCUUCUAUACAAUGAACCCAGACAGGGUAAGUUCUGGCAUUUCCACUCUGCCUUCUUAUAGUUCUAAGCCUGCAGUUGUAAUCCAUGUUUCUAUUGAAGUGAUGAUCUGUGAACAGUCAAGAAGGAGGGUUCUAAAGGAAUGGUUCUAACCUUCUCCCACCUUGUUAUCCAGAAGUGGUAUUCUAACAGAUGCCUCUUCAACAUAUGAUACUUAAUGCAUCCAUCAAGGAUUCACCUACUUGCCUAUUCCUUCUGUUGGGUACCACUCCCUGCCUUCCUUUUGUUUCAUUAUAAUUGCCUUCCCCUUCCCACACCUUACUGUGACAGUCAUUCAUCUGCUUGAUUAUCUUCCACUGAGCACUUCCACAAACACAGAAAGGGAAGGACCUUAUUUCUGACCUUCAGGCAGCAGUAAGAUAGUGACCAAAGGCUGGAAUGCAAGAUAAUUUCAGAGGAAAAGGAAGUCACAUGGCAUAAGGAUUUUUUUCCCCAGGAAGCAAAGAGGAGGAAUAAGGAAAGGAGUAGGAGAUGCUCCCAGAAAUAACCUGAGGAUGGCUUGCCAUGAAAAAGUUCUGGAAGUGCUAUCUGGCAUUGCUCUGCCUCAGGUUUGGUUUCUCCCCUCUGGUAAAACUGGUAAAACAGCUUAUAAGACCAGAUUUCAAAGCAUCUCUCACUAUUUGCCUCCAAGAAACAAGUCUCUAGACCUCCACACAUAGAGCCAUUUUUGGCAAGAAUUUACUUUCUGGGGAAAGGGAAGGAAAUGAGAUAGAACAGGCUAUUCUGAAGGAAAGUAGAGAGGGAGGAAGGAGGGACAGCUAGUGGAAUGAUAAUCAACCAAAAUAAAAAUACUGGACUCUAAACAGAUAGGCCUACAUCUAGAGCACAAGAUUAUUAGUUCCCACAGAGACUGAAUCUUUACAGAUAUUUAAGCUGGGAAGAAAGGAAGCAAACAACUCUUAAUUUUUAUAUUUGUGAGAAGUAUCUGAAUCUUGGCUUGGGAAGUAAUGAGAGGGCCUUCAAGGGUCAGAAAUGAUGCCUUGAACAAUUAUAGCGCCAUUCUUGCUCUACAAGCAAGCAGACUGCUUUCCUGCCCAUCCUGAAGCUAUUAUCAUUGAUAUCUCGUUGUCUACUCUGUUCACUUCUAAGAACUUCCCUGACCUAAGGAAGGGGGACUUACAGCUAAACACUGCUCCCCUGCCUUUGGAGCAUAUUCUUUAUUCUGUGUUUCAACCAUCUAAUAAAAUGUGGAACACAGACCACUGACAUCAGACUCACUAGGGACCUUGCUACAUACUGAGUCCUGGCUUCCCACCCAGAAUGUCUGACUUUGAAUCUGUGUCUAAAAUUAUCUUUUUAUGUAUGCAUUUUCUUAGUUUGUUGUUGUUGUUGUUCUUCUUCACUGCUCUAUCUUCAGCCCCCAGGAAAGUCCUAGGAAUUUAGAUGCUACAUAAAUAUGUGUCAAAUAAAUGAAUGAAUCAGUAUAUCACACGCCCUUGCUGAUGGGUGCCUGGUUUAGGAAACAUGACCAACAUGACACUAGCCAUUCAGUGCGAGACCUGAUUCAAGUUCUGGGGCUUUCGUUGGGAAUGAGAAGUUCCUUUUCUUGAUGGGAGUAGGGUGAUUUUGCUUGAAAAUAAAACUAACAAAGAGGAAAAGUGGAACUAAGAGAUGGAGUGAGGGCAACCGAGUCCUGCGGUCUUGUCCCCAACCAGAGACAAUAAAUUCCUGUGCGUUGAA